AUGUCGGAAACUUCCGGUCAAUGUGAAGAUGAGUCGUGUUCGAAACAGUCGAAUAAGAUUAGCCGCGUUUUCCCAUGUUUGUAUCACUGUAAGAAAAUGUUAUGCAUUGAACAUCUGUCGGAACACGAUAAAUAUAUCGAAAAACAAUUACAAUAUCAAAAUCAAUUGGAAGGUUUAUGGAAAACGUACCGUGUAAUGUUCAACGAAGAGAAAAUCGAAGAAGAAUAUUUAAAAUUGAAAACAAAAUUGGAAAAAUUUCGACAACUAGGCAACGAAAUCGAGCGUUUGCUACUGAUGAAAAACUUUCAUGAUUCUAUGGAAAAUAACCAAAAAUUACAAGUAGCUGUUCAAAUAGUGAAAAAAGCCAUUGAAGAAGAUAAUCGAGAGGAGGUGAUUAUGCAAACUGUACUACCAAAAAGCGAAUUUGACGAAGAGAAUAGCCAUGCACUUGUUAAUUUCGGAUCAUUGUCUUCACCAGAUGCAUCAAACGAUGGUUCUGAAACCGGCGAUUCGUUUCCUUUGUUUUCAAAUACUGAUCGAAAUUCACCUACGAGCGUUCAAGACGAUGAGUAUGGUCAAAAUAUGGAUGAAUAUGAUGAACAAGAAAAUAAUGUGGAAUCUGAAGAUGAAGACAAUCUUAUGGAUGAAACCACUUUCAGACAGGCAAAUACAUGCGAAAAUAACGUCACCCCACAUCGAGGUAUUGUCGCAUCAAAAAUUCGUGAUUUUUGUCCUUUAACAUAUAAUGGUGCCUUCGGUAUUAAUUCUCAAGCUCACGGUGUACGUUUAUGUCCUCAGAAGUCUCUUGAACAUCGACGUACUUAUCGAUUGAAUGAACACUUUCGUCGUGUUCAUCAUCUAACCGGAUUUGCAUCAUUGGCCCUAGCGCGCGCAGUUGGCGCUGGUAAAGACCCGACAACAACCUGUUUAUUUAGCGAUCACGAUAUCAUUCUUAAUAUUGAUGAAUUACGUACUAUUAAUUGUCCAAUUACUCAACCAUUUGUUCAUCAUCGUUUACUGCAAAUUGAAAACUCGCCAUGUAGUGCAAUUAAACAAGUUCGACAAUUGCGGGAACAUCUCAAACGUUCGCAUAAAUUCACCAGUCGAGCAGCAAAGAUGAUUGUCAAAGCAGUGAAAAGUGAUAUCCCUGUUCAUAUGUUACAGUUCCCUAAAUGGAUCGAUGUUAUUGAAGAUUAA